GCACGGCACAGUGCACAGAGCAGGCGCCGGGACAGGACAGGACAGAGCGGUGCUGUGAGGAGCCCCUGCACAGUGCACUCGUUCGUGUCCGACCCGGAGCUUUUCUGUGGCGUUGUUCCUGCUGCUGGCCUCGUGGCCAGACUGUGGCAUUUGGUGACCUGAAUCAUUUUGAGGAAUCUCUGUCAUUGUGGCAGGAGCCCUCAAGACCAGAGUGCAGGACUUGGUGUCCUACACCUUUCCUGAGGCUUCUCUGACUCAGGUGCCUUCAAGGCACGACUGCAAUUGCUGACCUGGCAAUAUCCUGAGGAUACUCUCUUGAAGGUGCCUUCAAGGCUGGAUGCUGCAAUGGCUGGCAGAUUUCCUGGCCUGUUGAAGGUGUUCAGGGGGAAAAAUAAAAAAGGCCCUGCAGCUACCCCAGCACAACAGCCUGAAGAGCCGGAGCGGAUCCAGACACUGCAGGAUGAUGCAUCCCUGGACGGGACACAAGCGCAGAAACCCGGCCGUGGCCGCUUCCACAGAACCCUGAAGAUGUUCCGGAAGUUUCUGCGCAUUCAGCGCAGAGAGACCGGGAGCAGUGCAGCUGAGGGCCCCGCCAAGCCUGACUCCGGGCUGACCGAGCUCCAGGCAGAGCCUGAUGUCAGCCUGGAUUCAGCUGAGCUCCCAGAAGACUUGGACACCUCAGAGACUGAAAUCUGGGCAACGGCUCUUCUCACAACAAUGACUGAGGAUGCAGUCAUCACAAACAGUGACAUUGAAGAGAGUGAGGGCAUGACAAAUACUGGCACCUCACCCGCCCCCACUGUUAUUCAUACUGCCCCUAUGGAAUUUUUCGAGGAGAGUGCUGUUCCUUCUCAGCAGCAGGUGCCAGCCAUUGUAAGGAACAUCCACCAGAGGCUGGUGUCCCAUGACACUGUGGAUGCCAGGCUGCAAACUGACAUUGUGAGGCUGGCUGAGGAACAUCCUGUUGACGUGGUGCUGACCCUCCUGCGCUGUGCCCCAACGUGUGACAGAGCUGCUGCAAUCAUGUGGAAAAGCAUAGGAUCAGUGGGACCAGCACUGGAGAAAGUGCUGCCAACACUGCUGUGUGUGAUGGAGGACUGGCCUGUGCACAGCGCAUCCACCUCCGAUGGGGAUGACACAGAUGUCUUUGCCCUGGCUGCAACUCUGGUGAUCUGGGUGAUUGUGUCUGAAUGCCACAAGGCCAUGAUCCCUUAUUCUGGGCGACUGUUUGUGGCUCUGCUCUUCCAUAUUGUCAUCACCACACAGCAGAUGCCACCAGAGGAAGCUGGGCACUUUUGGAAAGCAUGUCGGGAGGAACACCGCCUUCCCAGGAAGCCCAGCAGGUUUGCAGUGCAGGCCAUGAAGGCUCUGCUCUACCGCCUGCGGUGUGACAAGGAGGUGAUGGCUGUGGAGCGCAAGCGUGGCUGGGACACGCUGCUGCGUGCUCACACCCAGCACUAUGCCGUGGGUCUGCUGGCCAGGGAGAUGCGCCGUAUCUUUAUCCCCUUUUGUUCCCUCAUUGCAUUACAUCUACUGAAGGAGCUCCACAGGGCGGACCCAUACUGGGAUCUGCCCUUCCUGGCAUUCCUUGUGGAGGUCUUUGAGUGCUUGGACUUGUGUAAAUGUGGUGACAGCAUACUGGAGAUCAUGUCAAGGUGCCUGCAGAGCGAGUGCAGGGAGAGGCGUCGCCUGGCGCUCAGGGCCCUCAUGGUGCUCAGCAAGGAUCCCUUGAGGGCCAGAAGAAUGUGCAGUCUGUCUAAAAACCUUGUGGAGCUGCUGGGUGAUGCAGAUGGAUAUGUUGUCAGCAUGACCCUCUCUGUGCUCACAAAUAUACUUGAGAAUGACCACAUCCUGAUAUCCAGCACCACUGCCCCGCAGCUGGCUGAGGCACUCCUGCCACUCUUUGACUGUGACGACAUCCAUAUGCAGCUGCUCUCCCUAAACCUCUUCUUCAAGGUGAUGGACUUGGUAGUGAAGAAAGGAAAAAAGCCCCUGAAGAGAAUUGUGAAACAGAGCCUGCUGCCACUCUUCUUUCAUUGCCAUGAUGCGAACGAGCGUGUGGCAAAAGCCUCUCGUGAAUUGCUGCUUUGUGUGGUAAGGUUCCUGAGGAGAAGGAAGCUCAAGCAACUACUUAAGAGGGAGAAGAUGUUGAAGUUUGGCACCAGCCUGCUGGCAGAGGACACGAGCCGAGCGGCCGAGCAGCUGCGCCGGGCCCAGCGCUACCUCCAGAGCCCACAGGAGCCCCUGCGAGAGGCGGCCAUCAGGUUCAUGGGGUCUGCCAGGGUAUCCAUGAGGGGACAGAAGGAAGUGCUCGAGGUCCUCAAUGAGGCCAUUCACACCCGGAAGAAAGGCUGUACAUCCCACUGUAGCAGGAAUAUUCAAGCACAGUUUACAAGUUGAGUUGAAGAAUUAAGUUCAUCUUCAGGAUCCAGUGAAUCAGUGUCCUAAGAAUAGCACCAGGAGAUGCUGAAGAGGACACCAUCUCCACUGCCACUGGAACCCCACGCACAGCUGAUAAUUGGUACAGCGGAGCCUGUGGGACACUGGUCUGGCUUCAGCCAACUCCCUGCCUGUAGAUAGCUCCCUCCCUCCAGCUUUCACACCGUGUCGACCCUCCCCGCUUUGGUCCAUUCCAGUUCAUCCCUUUGCUUCGCCUGCCAUUAAUAAACAGUUUGGCUUCUUCA